GAUUUGCCUACUCACCCAGGUAGGGAGUCUGAGGCCAAAUUUUAAUUCAGGAGGUCUUCCCCAGUACAGGCCUAGCACUCUUAUCUGCUGCACCACCAUUUGCUAUGCUAUACAUAUUUGCAUGCAGUACAUACACUUAAACAUCUAUACAUGUUUAUAACACAAAGACAUUCUAUACCUGUUUUAUAGUUUUGUACUUGUAUAUUCCAGGAUCUGUUUUUUGUUGAUGUGACUAUUCCCUCCAACAAUCCCCCUAGCCUUAGUAGAUGGUCCCAAAGAAUUUAUCUGAGAAAUUCAUUUGCCUGCAACAAAGCUGGAGAUGGACUUUUAUAGCUUAGCUAGACUGGUCUUUGGACAAUUCAGAUACGUCCCUGGAUCCACAUUCAGAGCUUUUCCACAUUGGUAGGACUUUCACUAGUUUGUCUUACUUGACUGUUAAAAUUUUUUAGGAUUUGGAUAAACCUAUACAUUUUUAAGACAUAUCAGAAUAUGACUUUAAUGGGAGCAGCAAGUGUAUUAUAUAUAGUAUCACAUAGGGUAUGCCAUAAAGAUUUGAAACCAGUAUGUUUAACCAUGGAUACAUUUAAGACUAGACAGAUUUCACUGUCAUUUUGUCCUCUGUUUUUGUUUUCAUGAUUUUACCUUUUAUUAUAAAGAAUGUGGGAUGAUAAAGAUACUGAAGCAGAACUGGAAAAAGAAAUACAAGCUGAAUUGGAUAAUAUGAGCGUUUCAUCUUUGGAGAUAAGUGAUGAGACAGACUCACCAUCUGAAGUUGGUAGUGAGAGUGAUCCAGGAGAAGAAGACUUGCCUGAAUCAGUUCUUUACUGUAUUAAUAUAGUAAAGAAUCGGAGUAAAAAUGCUGAAAAUCUUGUUCUCCAAGACUUAGAAGAUACUGAAAUUUCAGGUUCUGGUUAUGGAGCAGUUUCAAACAAUCCUACAGAAUUUAUGGAUGAGUUGACAUCUAAGUAUCAUGCAGAUGCAUUAGAAUUAAAGAAGAGGAUGUUAUUUGAAAUAGAAAAAGGAUUACAGAUAAAUUCAACCGAUACAAUUCCUAAUUCUGCUCAACUUCCUGAUCUUUGUAACUUACCUGUUGAUGAGGCUCUUUCUUCAGGUGAUACUGAUACAAUAAGUUUUGGAUACUAUGAAGUUGAGGAAAGAUGUCGACAAUCUUUUGCGGCAUGGGAAGAGAAACAGCGGGAAUUGGAGAACCAGGAAAAUAAAAAGUUCAGAGCUCUGAGGGACAGAGAAGAAAAACUAUUGCAAGAGGAAGAAGAAAAGAGAAAUUGCCGGAUUAAGCAAUUUGAAAUAGAAAAGAAAAAAAUAGAGAAUAUUCGUAAGCAAGAAGAAGAGAAACUAAAUGUUGAACUGCAGCAACAACAGAAAUUGUGGGAAGAGGAUUUAAAGGAACAUGAGGAGUUUAUCAGAAGGCUACAGUUACAGAUGGAAGAGGAAAGAAAAAGUUUGGAAGAACUAAAGGCAAAAGAAAGACAACAUUUGGCAGAUCAACAGCAUAAUGCAGCCAUAAAAAUCCAAACUAGGUAUCGAACAUUUAUGGCUUAUCAAAAAUAUGGAUCAAUUAUUAAAGAACGUAUUAAAAAGAAAGAAAUGCUAGAAAAACAAAAACAAGAAUGGAAAGAAAUAGCAGACAAAAUCCGACAAAAGGAUGAAGAAAGAAAGAAAAAAAUGGACAAGAAACUGAAAAGACAAGAAGAAACAAACAAUCAAAACCAAAAAGAACAAGAAAAGAGGCAGGAGGAAUAUGAAAAAAAGAAGAAAAUUUUGAAAUUUAAAAAAGAGCAACAAAAGCUAAUGGAAGAAGCAAAAAGAGAAAAGCUAUUUGGAGAGUUGGUAAUGAAAAAUGAAAAUAAAAAAAGAGAUCUUGUAGUAAAAAAAGAAAACAAAAAAAGUGAUGAGUGGGACAAAGAAUUAUUAGUGAAAAAAGAAAAUAAAAAUCAGGAUAAUAUGUCUGAAGAGAUUUCCAUGAAAUUUUUUACAAAGAAAAAAAAUCUGGCUAUAAAACCAUUAGUGGAAGAAGAAAUCAAUGAAAAAGAAGAUAUAAGCAAACAUAUAGCACCAGAAAAUGAAUUGAAAAAAAUAGACAUAGCUGAACAGGAACCUAUUCAAAAAUUAAAGCAAAAAUUACUUAGGGAAGAUAUGUCAAAACAACUAAUAAUAGUAGACUUUGAAAAAGAACAGAAAGAAAAUCUAGUAAAACACCAAGAACUGGAUGUGUCACAAAAUGAAAAGAAACUAAAUGAGAGUCUAGCCACUGAACAGGAACCUAUGCAAAAAUUAAAGCAAGAACUACUUGGGGAAAAUAUGUCAAGACAACUAAUAAUGAUAGACUUUGAAAAAGAACAGAAAGAAAAUCUAGUAAAACAUCAAGAACUGGCUGAAUUACAAAAUAAAAAGAAACUACAUGAGAGUCUAGCCACUGAACAAGAAUCUAUGCAAAAAUUAAAGGAAAAACUACUUAGGGAAGAUAUGUCAAAAGAACUAAUAAUUAUAGACUUUGAAAAAGAACAGAAAGAAAAUCUAGUAAAACAUCAAGAACUGGCUGAAUUACAAAAUGAAAAGAAAUUACAUGAGAGUCUAGCCACUGAACAGGAAUCUAUGCAAAAAUUAAAGCAAAAACUACUUAGGGAAGAUAUAUCAAAACAACUAAUAAUGAUAGACUUUGAAAAAGAACAGAAAGAAAAUGUAGUAAAACAUCAAGAACUGGCUGAAUUACAAAAUGAAAAGAAACUAAAUGAGGGUCUAGCCACUGAACAGGAAUCUGUGCAAAAAAUAAGGCAAAAACUACUUAGGGAAAAUAUGUCAAGACAACUAAUAAUGAUAAGCUUUGAAAAAGAACAGAAAGAAAAUCUAGUAAAACACCAAGAACUGGAUGUGUCACAAAAUGAAAAGAAACUAAAUGAGAGUCUAACCACUGAACAGGAACCUAUGCAAAAAUUAAAGCAAAAACUACUUAAGGAAGAUAUGUCAAAACAUCUAAUAAUGAUAGACUUUGAAAGAAAACAGAAAGAAAAUCUAGUAAAACAUCAAGAGCUGGCUGAAACUGAACAAAAUGAAAAGAAACUAAAUGAGGGUCUAGCCACUGAACAGGAAUCUGUGCAAAAAUUAAAGCAAAAACUACUUAGGGAAAAUAUGUCAAGACAACUAAUAAUGAUAAACUUUGAAAAAGAACAGAAAGAAAAUCUAGUAAAACGCCAAGAACUGGAUGUGUCACAAAAUGAAAAGAAACUAAAUAAGAGCCUACCCAAAGAUUUCAUAAAAUCACAAAAAAGUGAAUUUAAAGAAAACAUGACAAACCACCUACAAUUAGAACAGGAAAGAGAAAAAGGAAAUUCAAUAAAUGAAAAUGCAAGAAACAAAAGCCAAGAAGCCAGAGAGGUCAAGGGGACAAGAAACAAAGUAGAACAGAAUAGAAACAAACAGAACCAGGAAGAAGACAACUCCGAAAUAAUGAAAGAGGAAAAUCAAAAGAAUGGAGAAAGUCUUGAAAAGGGAGAUCACUUCAGAGCCUCAUUAAAUCUCACACUUUCACUACAAAAAGCAGAAAGUAAUGAAAACACCUUCAAUAGUGUGAGUGUGAUGGCAUCAGCCAAAGAAAGUGAUUCACAAGUUAUUGAUAAUGAUGAAAACUCAGAUUCAAAUAUUCUGACAGAUGGUGAAACUAUAAUCCUUAACACCUCUGAUAUCAUUCUAAAUGUGGAAAAUAAUUCAUGCAAGAAAAAAUCUGUUUCCCUUGUUUCAACAUUUUAUGAUCACACGGGUGGCUGUGAUAAAAGCUCAUCAGCAUCUGAAGAAACCACAACUGUUCCAUGUGUUAUGAAUGAAAUACCAGGGAAGUUUUGUUGCGUGUCUACUCAUUCUCUAAAGAAGAUAACAGUUUCAGCUGUAGUUGAAGAAAAGAGACUAGCUUGGAUAAAGACCUGUAGACCGUGGCUUGAAAUCUUUGGGGAAAUCCAAACAAAGAAAACAGUUAAAAGAAACAGACCUAGGAAGUGUUCAAUUAGCAAGCUGCCACCUCUGAAUGCAGUGGAAAUCCUGCAAGGUGGCCUGUGGAGUACCUUGCAACAGGUUACAAGAGUAACAUUUCAGGAUUUGCCAGGUUGUAGUCUUUGCACAUUGUCAGAAUGUACAAGUCUUCAAUUCCUGAGUCUUAGACGUUGUGGAUUAACUGCUCUGGAAGGACUGAAUAACUGCAAAAAAUUGAAGUAUAUUGAUGUACAGGAAAACCAAAUUCAGGUUAUAAAUUGUGAAAAUUUAGAAAAUCUCUGCAUCCUUCUUUUGAAUGACAAUGAACUAACUUCUUUUCAUGGAUUGGAUGAUUGUAGUAAUCUUCAAAAUAUCGAAGUUUCAAAUAACAAGAUCACCCGAAUUGGUGGAUUAGAAUCUUUGAAAUCUCUUCAGCAGCUAAUUGUGGAUCAUAAUCAGCUAAUUAGCACCAGAGGUCUUUGCAGUGUUCCUACUAUUAUGUAUUUGGACUGCUCUUAUAAUAAUCUUACUAAAGUUGAAGGCAUUAAAGACUGUGGCUUACUUCAGAUUUUGAAGUUACAGGGAAAUUACUUAACUGAGCUUCCAUCUCUGGAGAAUCAAGUUCUGCUCAGAGAAUUAUACUUGGAUGACAACAGUAUUUCAACAAUGGAAAUAAUCUCCUCAUACUGGCUUCCUUUAUUACAGAUUCUAACUGUCUCUCAAAACAGUUUGAUUGAAGUUGUGCCACUCUUUCAAUUUGUUUCUUUGGAAAAAGUGGAUGUCAGCAACAAUUGCCUUUCAGAUCUUACAGGUGUAGCCAAGUGGUUUGAUGCAUGUUUUAGUCUAUGUGACUUGUCACUUGUUGGAAAUCCCCUUCUCCAGGAAAGAAAUUGGAGGCAGUCUAUACUUGAAAUCUUACCUGCUCUAAAAAUUCUUAAUGGUGAAACACUAAAAUCUGAUUCAUCUAAUCAUGAAUUCAAUGUUCCAGAAUCAGGCAGUUUUUUAGCUUUUUGUCAGACCCAGACCCAGGAAUUUAAUUUAAUUUUUAAAAAAUACAUCAUUGAAAAAAGCAAUAUAGACUCUUUGGAUGCUAUAGAGGACUUGUUCUGUUAUUUUAAUGAGCUGAUGAAACUUAGUAGUAAGUACAGAAAUGCUCAUGAACGUGUAGAUUUCAGAAUCAUUCAUAAAGAUGAAGAUUUAAGUAUCACAAAAACAAAUCUAUCAGAAGAACAGCAAGAUCAUUUGAAACAAGUAGCCAGUAGCAGACUACAGCAAAACAUCGAAUUCAUUACUGGGGUAAAUAAAAGCAAACAGGAUUUUCUGAAAACUUCUCAACAAAAAAUUGAUUUUGACACAAGUGACUCUGAAUUCAUUGCAUCUUCUAUACAUGAGCACAUACAGAAAACAAAUCAAGACCACAGAGUCCAGAGGAGGAGGAAAGGCAUUAUAACCACCAAAAUUCAUACCAAGAACAACACUGGCACUGAGCCAUUAAUUACAAGUGAAAUGGAAAAUGAUAAACAACAUACUCAGAAUGAUGCCAAAAAUGAGGCAGCUACAAAACUUCAGAGCCACUUGCAAGGAUAUGUCAUUCGAAGGCAGAUUAAUUUUUGUGAUAAAAAGAAUAUGGCAGCAAUGAUAAUACAGAGAGCUUUACGAAAUUACCUUAUGAAGACCCAAAUGAAAAAAAGAAAUUGUAACAACACUGACAUGCAUGCAAAGAGGGAGAAAGCUGCUACACUUAUUCAGGCAGUUUGGAAAGGCUUCCUUUUACGGAAGAAACUGGCCAAAGCGUUAGCUUCCAUUAGAAAUGAAGAACUUGAGGAUGACUAUGAAGAAGUCGAUCUAGAUGACUUUAUUUUUGAUGAAGCUGCCUUAGAGAAAGAAUGGUUCUCUUUGGAUUCCACCAACUUCCCUUCCCAAACACAGGAUCUCCCAAAUGAGCCGCACCAGCCAAAGUAUUCAGGAUAUUUGUCCUCUGAUGACACUUCACUUAAUUUACCAUAUCAUCCAGAGCAAGCUUGGCAAAAUAAUGAGAAAGAAAAUCCAUGCUCUUCUGAAGAUUCUCAGCUUAUUACUGGCAGAUCAGAAAGUCAAAAACUGUCCUCUUCAUCUGACAUCAAGAACUAUAUGCAAACAUCCCUAAGAUCUAAAAAAGAAGAAAAAAUUUCAGAGGAAUGGGGCUUUAAAGAUAUUUCUACUGCUCAGUUGAUGCUAAAGAGAGCCCAGAAAAUGAAAUCUAAGAAAGCAAGACAUAAAUUAGACCCUGCUGUGCGCCUGGCAUUGUUCAAAAAUAAUGAAAAUAAACAACCCCCUGUGAAGCCAGUGAGGAAAGCAUACCCUGCCAGACAAGGAUAUUUUGAAGUUGAUGAAGAAGAACUUACCAGUGCAGAUACUCCUAUUUCCAAUGAAAAACUUGAGCGCAGCAAAGAGCUGACCUACCAGUGGCUCCAUUCGCAAGUUGGAAGUUAUGAAACAACCUGCCCCAAAAAUGUGAAAUGUCAGACUCACUUCUUGCCUGUGUUAGAUCCAGAUGUACUUAAUGGUGGGCGAGUUCAACUUGUGGAAAACUUGCUUCUUCCCAACAACCUGAAGUGUAAAGAAGCAUUUUUCAAGUCCCUUCAUUUCCUCAAAGAAGAAGAUCGGACUACAUUUGAAGCACAGAAAAUUCUCAAUGCGCAGAAAUGUAAACAUUUUGCAUAUAAUGCAAGACUUGUAAGGAGAGAAGACAUGGAUGUAGACCUUGUUUCCAUGAACAGUGGGAGUGCUUUGGCUCAGAACAGAGAAAAAAAUAAUCAGGCAUCCAGACACUCAGCAGAAUCUUCAUUUAAAGUAAUAACUGUUCCAGGGAUAAGAAAUAGUAAGAAAAAAUGGGUAUCACAUCGAGACUAUCCAGUGCAGUUCGGCGAUGGAUGGGAAAGUGGGAAAUGGAAGGCGAAAACUUUCAACUAAUCUUUCAAACUUCAACAUGCAAAACAUAUGGCAAGCUGUUUCUUUUCAAGAGGUCUGUGAAUAUCUGGUUAUAUGUUACCAAUUGGAUACAAAGUUUUAGAGUACUGCAUUUAAUUUGUUUUACUAUACAUGUUUUGCAAUUUAGCUUUCUGGUUGAGUUAUCUUACUCCCCAUCAGUAAAAUACAGUUUUUGCAAUGGUUCCUAUGCUCAUGUGGUAUGGUCUCCAGAAAAUUUUAACCCUUGAUAUAAUUGUAAGGAGGAAUUUGUAAAAAAAAAAAAAAUCUUUAUUUUUAAAAGUAUUUUAUGAUUCCUAAGUUCAAGAUAAAAUUUUUGUUAGCAAUAAUGAUAAAUCUAUUAAUAACAAUUUUGGUAAGUUUAACAUCAUGAUUAUGUAUAUUUUCAUUGAUACUAUACUUAUUUGUGUUAUUAGGAAUUCACAUUCUGUCUUAACAAGGUUUACAUCUUAUAAUUGAUAUUAUUGAACUAGAGAGGGAGAAUGUCAUUUUCAUAGGUAAUUUACUUCAUGUUCAUGAUGUUCAUGUAAAUGUUUUUCUGAUUGUUAAAUUUAUCAAAAUACAGUUUAUUUUAGAGAUGGUUCAAAUUAAAAUGAACUUGACAAAUUAAAACAAAUUGGAUAUUUUAACAGUACUACUAUUUGAACAUGUGGCACAUUUAUUAUUUUGACAUAUGAAAGUACAUGUGAAUCUAAUAAGUGAUUACUAUUCUGACUCAGAAAAUUGUUAGAAAUUUAUAUUUUCAUAAAAUUAUCCUCCUAAAUAACCAGUUCUUUAAAGUCCUUUCAAACUCCAAGCAUCAUUUUGUGUUUAAUAUUUUCCCAAAGCUACAGAUGUCCAGUCUUCCUAACUGUCUAGUAAAGUUGAGUGACAACUUAGUAAAUUAAAUACACAAAAUCUUGUAGUUACCUUUAAUGGGCUUUCAAUGCUAUUGCUCCCUUGAGUCCAGAACUGUUUUCACAAAGCAACAUUCCUUGAGUUUUCAGUGACUUUCCAUUUAAAUGUUAGUUGAAUAAUAGGAUCCAGUCAACUUUCCUUUUAGUUUCUUCCCUUUUUGAAAGCUUUCAGCUGGAGAAAAAGAAUGCCUAAACUUAGCUAGGAUGCAUUUCUUGAUCACUCCUCUCCCUUUGGGUCCCCAUCAUUAUUAUCAUCACUACUAUUUUUCUGGACUUUAUUCCCAUUAAAACCUGUAAAUCUCUUUAAACUCUGAUUGAACUAGAAAAGUCAAUGAGCCUUGAGAUGUCAGUCAAUAAAGAAAACAUAGAUUCAUAUGUUGUGGCCUAGAAAUUGAGUUUAGAAACAUAAACUCCAUGUGCAAUUGUUUUGUGCAACAGUCCAUUACAUUAUUGUCUUUUCACUAACAGCUUCCACAAAGCAAUAUAAUAUGAUUGGAAAUAUUUUGUUGAAUCUCAACUUAUUUUGAAAAUGGUAGGAGAAAACCACAUUAAAGUUGGUAUUGAUAUUUUUAUGGUUCACAUACUAAACUCAGUGAAGUGGAAAGUCUUUGUUUAGUUAGGUCUUUAUUAUUAAAUUGUCUCAGUGCCUAAAAUGGACUUACUAGUAUGGACUCUUAUUUAGCAACUAGUUUGAUUGUUUUAUGCAAUUAAAUUAUAAAAGUAAUGACAGUACGGACACUACUCCAUUUUUAGGUAAUGGGUGACAGUGAUGAUAAUUAUGAAAACAUGAUGAUGAUGAUGAUGAUGAUAUUUCCUUUAUUUGCCUAGUAUCAAAUAAGAAUAUAAUUCCAUAUUGAUAGUAUAUCAGAAUAGAAUUAUUUUGAAUAUUGAUGUUUUUCAUUGUUUUCUUUUUGUUUAUGAAGAUUCAACAUAAUCUUAGGUAUUUAGAAUUGAAUAAAUAUAUUAAAGAGCUCAAAUUAAGUGAUACUCUUUCUCUUGUUAUUUGGAUUGCUGUUAAUUCAAAUAAUAAAUUUAAGUGAAUUCAAAAUCGAUGUAAUCACAGCAUCCAACUAGUGAUGAUUCAUGAAUUAAGUGGUAAUCUGGAAAAGAGUCUGACUCUAAUCUUUUACUGCUCAACAUUAUUAUCAGUGACUUGGAUGACAGAGUAGAUGGCAUACUUAUCAAAUUUGUAGAUGAUAGCUAACACAUUGUAUGACAGAACUGAAAUCCAAAAUGAUCUCAGCAGACCAGAACAAUUGAUCAAGCAUAAUAAUAAUAUACUUGAGAUAGACAAUUAUAAAGUCUUAAACUUGGUUUUAAAAAUUAAUAUAGAUACUGAACAGGGAAUAUUUGGCUAGACCUUUGUUCAUGUGAAAAAGGUCUAGAGUUUUUCAUAUGACUCAAAAGUAGGAAUGAAAGCCAAAAAAGCUCACAGGUUCUUAAGUUGAAAUAAUAUCAACAUUCUACACAGAGUUGUCAAGGUACUAGUCCUGCUAUUCACAAAUUUGAUCAAACCACAGCUAUGGCAUUUUUGCCAGUUCUGUGCACACAUAUUAGAAAGAACAUUGACCAGCUGGAAUCUAUCCUAAGAAGGACCAUUGUUGUGGAAAGGGAAUUAGAAACUAUAUUAUAAGAAGAUCAAAUUAAAGGAUUGUCUAUGAUAAAUUUGAAAAGGAAAAAAACGUAAGGUUCUCAAAAAAUCACAAAUCUAAAGUUGAGAGGGACCUCAAUUGCUUUUUAGUUCAAACCCAGUGUUUUAGGAAUGAAAAAACUUAAGGACCGGGAGAUUACUUAACUUGCCCAAAGUUACCCAAGGAAUAAAUGCUAUGGGAUUUGAAUCCAGCCCUUCUGGCUUCAGAGUCGAUGAUCUUUCCACUUUAUUAUGCUGGAUUAUGAAUAAUAGCUGGAAGGAAGCAUUUGAAUGAUCAUGGUGGAAGAGGGAUUAGAGGGACUUUAGAUUUGGCCUCUAAAGACAGAACAAGGUAGAAAUCAGAGAGCAAUGGGUUUCAUUUUAUCUUAAGGAAAAAAUUUCUAAUAAUUUAAAUUAUCUCAAAGUAGAAUGGACAAUGUCAGAAGAUGGUGAAGUCCUGAAGUUCAAGUGUUAGUUGAAAAAUUGGAGAAAAAAGUUGUAGUAUCUACCUAAUCAGUUGGUUUUGAGGAUCAAAUAGAAUAAUGAAUAUAAAAGACUUUUUAAACUUUGAAGUGCUUCUGUAAAUGUCAGAUGCUAUAUCACUAAGUAUAGCUUCUCAAGGUUAUUGAAGAAUAGAUUUCUAUUUAGGGAGACUAUAUGGUGCACUCAAACCUGUGAUUUCAUCAUUUUAUGAAGACAGGGGAAAAAAACAAGUACUUCUCUCUAUGUAUUCAGAAAUUCAGCUUUCUAUAUGUUACUUUCCACAUGUGGGAUAGGGUGAAUUAAUACAAAUCACACACCAUGUAAGUAGAUACUUCUAGGCACAGCAGCAAAUUUAACUUGUGACAAGAGAAGUGUGAUAGAAAAUAAUGUAAAUGUUGACUGAGAGUGAGUAAAGAGCCUAGUGAUCUUACAACAUCUUCAGGGGAUGGACACUGACCACAAGAUGUCUUUAUUCUAGAAUCAGUCAAUAAACUAAAAUGGAAAGCUUACCAAAUAAUUAAUCAGCAGGUUCCUCAUUAUAAGCUAAGUACAAUUUAGUAACUGAAAAUUAAAUAGGGAACCAUGAGGAAUUUCUAAUCCUAAAUAAGACUAAACCCUCUAAGAGAGCACCUGCACUUGGUAAGCAGGAACUAACAACUCUAUGUCUAACACUGUGCUGUUCAAUCACAUUUGGGUUUAUUUAAAGCAUGGUAAGUUGAGAGAAACAGAGAGACAGAGACAGAGAGAGAGAGACAGGAAGACAGAGACAGGGACAGACAGAGACAGAGAGAAAAAGCGACACAGAGAAAGACAGAAAGAGAGAGACACUCAGAGAGAGAGGAAAU